UGCAUGUGUAUAUAUAAUAAGUAAAGCUCUCCUCUUCUAAAUGCAUUUUAAAAAUGUAUAUAUUUUAAAGCUUAAUACGAAUGUAAUCAAAUCUUAUCAGUCAUACAAUAUACCAGUAAAAUAAAAGUCUCUUCAAAUAUUAUGCUAUUUCCACCAUAACUGUCCCGCAGAGACAAAUGCUAUAAAAACAAACAAACAAAAACAUAAAAUUGCGAUGUGAAAUAUAAGAAAAGUAUAUUUAUUUAUUGAUGAUAGAUUAUAUUAUAAAUAUGUUUUGGUACGUCAUAUCACGAAAAGCUCUCACACACAUACACACACAGUGCGUUUCAUCCAGCAGCUUUGCGCCAAAAGAGGACGCACCAUCUGCGGCACCGACGACGAGGAGGAGGAGGAGGAGGAGGAAAGGGAUGAAGGAAGCCUCGGGAUGCAGUGAGAAGUCGAGGAAGGAAGGACAAUUUUGAGGUGCUCCAUGUCGAAGAUGAGCUUGAUCCAAGCCGGGCACGACGCCGUCGGCGGACCCAGGGGGGAGGCGGGCAGAGGCGGCCUCGUCGCUAACAACGGCGGCGGUCCCCCGAGGCUCCAGCCGGGCGCGCAGCCUCCGGCUCCCGGCGGCCGGAGCAGAGAUGCCCGCUCCCACCAGCGGCACCAGCACCACCACCACCACCACCACCACCACCAUCACGGAGGAAGCUCCAGCGGCGGCACCUCCAUGCUCAAGCAGCCGACGUCGCACAGCGAGCCCGCCGACGCGGUGAGGCGGGCGCUGGACUUCAAGUGCCAGGGCACGCAGUGCUACAAGGACAAGAAGUACCGCGAGGCCAUCGGCAAGUACCACCGCGCGCUGCUGGAAAUGAAGGGGCUGUGCCGGCUGCUGGGCGACCCGGACGGCGGAGGCUCCAAGUCGCUGCUGGCCGCCAUCGGCAAGUCCAGCCCGCUGACGGAGGAGCAGAAGGGGGCCAUGGAGAACGCCGAGCUGGAGUGCUACAACAGCCUAGCCGCCUGCCUUCUCCAGAUGGAGCUGGUCAACUACGAGCGUGUGAAGGAGUACUGUCUGAAGGUGCUGCACAAGGAGGGCAAGAACUUUAAGGCCCUGUAUCGCUCGGGCGUGGCCUACUACCACCUGGGGGACUUCCAGAAGGCGCUCCACUAUCUGAAGGAGUCGCACAAGCAGGAGCCCUCAGACACUAACGUCAUCCGCUACAUUCAGCUGACGGAGAUGAAAAUCCGCCGCAGCGCUCAGAGAGAAAAGAAAGACGCUACAUAAAUAAAAAAAGACCACAGACGACUUUUCCAACUCAUCGCCACUUCCUGUCCCGCCCCUCACUGUGUGUCGCCUGGACUUGUCAUUGUAUAGCAGUCAGGAAUGUUCCAAUGGGAUUUCAAACACUGCUUGAAGGGUACAGAUGUUUUUUUUUUUUUUUUCUUUUCUCCAAAGUGUCAAGUUUGCAAUCACUGCCUGUCCAAAUAUACACUGUGGCGGAAGCACAACAGCAACAAGAACAAAAAAGUGCAUAGGUGUUUGUCGUGUUUGUUUUCAAUUCCAGCACUUGGCUCAAAAUGGAGCGUAUGAGUAACAAGCACCCGCGCAACCACAAACUGUUGUUAUUUUUUCGUCUGGUGCUGUCGAGGGAAAUGCAUGUAGUUUAUUUACAUGGGCAGUACACGAAAAAGCACACCGUUGCCACCAUUAACUGAAAAAAUACAUAUCAGAGAAUUGUACAUAGAAAUGGGAAAAGAACAAUUUCUUGGUGAUGAACACCAAAAAACAAAGCACUUGGAUCACAGUAUUUAAAUAUGAAUAUGUAUUGUAUGUAUGUGGUGGUCGUUUGUAUUGAUGGUUGUUGUGAUGACGCCGCAGCAGUGCGAGCGGAACAUCUCAUCCUUGAUUAUUAUUAUUUAUACUUUCAAAUUCAUACAAAUGCUGAUGAAAGCACAUGUACGUAAUUAAAAAAAACACCUCAACCAA